AUGGAUGUUGAAGUUGGAGAGGAUGCUGUUGUUGAUUCAUUAGCUGAAAAAGUUGAACUUGUUGAACUUGUUGAGGAUGUUGAACUUGUUGAGGAUGUUGAACUUGUUGAGGAUGUUGAACUUGUUGCGCUUGUUGUUGAACUUGUUGAACUUGAACUUGUUGAGGAUGCUGAACUUGCUGUUGAACUUGUUCAACUUGUUGAGCUUGUUGAACUUGUUGAACUUGUUGAGGAUGUUGAACUUGUUGAGGAUGCUGAAUUUGUUGAGGAUGUUGAAGAUGUUGAGGAUGUUGAACUUGCUGAAGUUGUUGAAAUUGUUGAGGAUGCUGAGGAUGUUGAACUUGUUGAGGAUGUUGAGGAUGUUGAACUUGUUGAACGUGUUGAACUUGUUGAACUUGAUUUAGUUGUUGAGGAUGUUGAGGAUGUUGAACUUGUUGAGGAUGUUGAACUUGUUGUUGAACUUGUUGUACUUGAUUCAGUUGUUGAGGAUGUUGAACUUGUUGAACUUGUUGAACUUGUUGAGGAUGUUGAGGAUGUUGAAUCUGUUGAGGAUGUUGAGUCUGUUGAGGAUGUUGAGUCUGUUGAGGAUGUUGAAUUUGUUGUUGAACUUGUUGUUGAUCUUGUUGUUGAAAUUGUUGAAAUUGUUGAAAUUGUUGAAAUUGUUGAAAUUGUUGAAAUUGUUGAAAUUGUUGGGUCUGUUGAGGAUGUUGAAGUUGCUGUUGAGUUUGAAUCUGCGUUUGUUGUUGUUGUUGAAUUGAAUUCGAAAUCGGCUGAAAAUGAGAAUUAA